AUGUCUAAUUCUAACAGCGAAAUAUCUUUAUCCACUGAAGAUAACCAUGCUAUCAAAAACGAAUAUAAGACAUGGUACAAACAUGAUGGUGGUAAAGAUGGUCUGACUUCUAUGGAGAGACUUCAGCAAUUCAUGUUGAUGAACGGCGGAGAAAACCUCAAUAUGUAUCUUGGCGGUGACAAGGAAGGACGAACGUUCAAGUCGUCAAAGGUUACAAUACUGAAUAAAUGCAACCAGUAUUUUCAGGAGCAAGGGGUUUAUCGAACUACAGCCCAAAUAAAGUCGAGGCUCAACAAUCUUUUGACAAAACAAUAUGGAGAAGCCUAUCGUGUUUGGAAGAAUAGUAUUAAAAAUAAUUCUAACGACGAAGGCUCUACCAGUGAAAAAGAAGGCUUAGAGUCUGAAUUGAAUCAAAUCUGCCCUGCUUUCUUUCAGAUGGAAAAGGUUAUGAGCAAUAGAAAGACUGGUUCUCCAGCGGUUUGUGAUACCACAAAGCCAAUGGAAUGGAUACAUGACGAGGACGGCGAGCAAAGCAAUGGCGAUGAUGACAACACGGACGAAGAAUCAGCUGAAAACA